UGCUGUCUGACCUUUCGGAGUUCCGUAGGCGUUGUUCAUAAGCUGUGAUAACAGCGUCUACAAUCCAAAGCAAAGGGCCCUUUCUCUUCUGAUAGUGUGAGGAAAAAGAGCCACCAAAAAUGACAACAGCCGCGAGACCGACGUUUGAGCCAGCGAGAGGAGGGAGAGGGAAGGGAGAGGGCGAUCUCAGUGCGUUGUCCAAACAGUACUCAAGCCGAGAUCUGCCUGGUCACACUAAGAUCAAGUACAGGCAGCUCACCCAGGAUGCCCCCGAGGAGGUGCGUGCCCGGGACUUCCGCAGGGAGCUGGAGGAGAGGGAGCGUGUUGCUGUCCGGGAGAAGACUAGAGAGAGGGGACCGAGAGAACACACCACAUCCUCAUCCUCUAAGAGGCCCAGACUAGAUCAAAUCCCUGCUGCCAACCUGGAUGCAGAUGACCCUCUCACUGAUGAUGAGGAGGAGGAUGAUGACUCUGAGGAGGACAGUGAUGACGAUGACACUGCGGCUCUGCUGGCUGAAUUGGAGAAAAUCAAGAAGGAGCGGGCUGAGGAGCAGGAACGCAAGGAGCGGGAGCAGAAAGCAGAGGAGGAGAGGAUCCGCAUGGAGAACAUCCUUAGUGGGAAUCCUCUGCUCAACCUGGCUGGACAGCAGCAGCAGCAGCAGCAACAACAGAUAGUCCCCACCCCGACUGCCUUCAGCGUCAAGAGAAGGUGGGACGAUGACGUCGUGUUCAAGAACUGUGCAAAGGGAGUGGAUGAGGCACGCCGGGAGAAACGCUUUGUCAACGACACUCUGCGCUCCGAGUUCCACAAGAAAUUCAUGGAGAAAUAUGUGAAGUAGGACUUGCAGCUCUGCUAUGAAGGUGUUCCAUUUCUCUCUGCUCUGUUCCCAGUUCUAAGAGGACAAGGAGGACGUGAUAGAGAUUGGUCUGAAAACAUUGAAUGAGCCUGAAGAAUGGUGUCAUCCGUUGACAUGGAACACGCACAAAAUCCUCUGUAUAUAAAGUAAUCUAAUGCCUGACCUGAAAACAAAUUUCAACUAGUUUUGUUUCGUGUAUAAUCAUUUUCCACCCCUGAAAGGAAUGGUUGCAAUAGUGACAUCAUCAAUGUCAACUUGUUGUUAUUUAACUUUUACCUUUUUUAAGCGCCAAUGUCAAUAAACAACAACAAAAAAGAAAACCCUAUGUCUGUGAGAGGGCCUUGAUGCUUUUUUCAAUGAUUUCAGCUUUGUGCCCGGGAGUUAGAAUUCUGCAAUGACUUCCAUUAAAAGCUCGGCAGC